AGCAAACGCUACUCUCGCGAUACUUUGCAACUAUCGCGGCUUCUGUUGAUGAGUGGGCGGAAGCCAGACAGACGGAAGUGAAUCUGAUUCAGCGACUGAUUGUGAUAUAACGCUUGCAAAUGGGAUUUAUAAAACUCCGCAGAUUACGCAACAUUUACGUUGUUUACCGUAAGAGGAACCAACGACUGCAGGAACUAGCGUAGCGUGUUUCUUUCUGGAAGAACCAUAAUGGCGCUUUAUCAAAAAGCGCAGGCUUCACGGUGAAAAUAUGGAUACAAAACCGUCGAAAUGAUCCGCUUCAUUCACGUAACGGCUGUUUUUAUACUGGUAAUCAUCAUUGAGAGUACAUUCGGCCUAGAGCCGCCUCAGGAUGUUAAGAUAGUCGGAUCAGAUCUAAAGUGGAAGCCUCCCAACGAUGACAACGUGCUGUAUUCACUGCAAUACAAACUUAACUCCAAAUCAGAGGAUGAAUGGCUCAAUGUGUCGAGCCAUAUUGGAACAAAAUUAGCAAAAUUUAAAAUUACCUCUGAAUUUUAUGGAGCAGUGUUUCGAGUGCGCUCCGAGAAAGAAAACCACAUCUCAGAAUGGCAGUAUUCAAAUCAGGUCCAGUGCCUAAAUGUGGAGUCUUGUGUUCCUCAGAUGAAUCUGAAUGUAAAGGCUGAAAUGGUUCACUUGACUAUGGCACACAUGGAUGACAGCUUGGAGAAAGAAUAUGGAGAUAACGUUGAAUUUAAUGUAUCAUACUGGAAAAAAGAUAACGGAGGAUAUCCUGAGGUACAGUCUAUUAUUAUUAGCAGGAAUGAAGACAUUCAUAAUUUGGAACCAGAGCAAAACUACUGUUUCCAAGCUGAAUAUUUGCUUUUUAAUAAGCCUUAUGGAAAUCCUAGCGAGGAAAAAUGUGAAAUCAUUCCAGAAAGACCUGAAGCAGUAAAGAGACGUGCUUUUCUCUAUAGCAUAUUGGCCACACUUCUUGUUUCGGCCAUGUGUGGUGCCUGCAUUUUUGUACUUUUCAAACACCACAAAAAGGUGAAACAGUGCUUACAGCCACUCCAUCUGGAAAUACCUGACCACUAUCUAGAGGUUUUAUAUAAUGGGUUUCCUCUGGAAGCAUGUCCAAGUCCCAGCAGUCAGAGUUUACGGUCAUAUGACAUGAUCACAGUAAUGGAUGUGGAACAGAAUUGCCAAAAGGAGGAACAAGAGAAAAGAUCUCUGACUUAAAGAUUGUGAUUGUCUUAGUUUAUUUAGAUGUUUUUCUUUGAUAUUUUUAUUUUCAAUUAACAUACUUUGCACAUCACUAACAAGCUUACAAAUUCAGAUCUGUCCUGUAUAACAUGAAAUGGUUACAUGAGCAUUAGUGUUCAUUUUGUUUUAGUGUUUAUUUGGGCUAUUUGGUUUAGAUUAGAUGGUAAUGAUUGACAAUUCUAGCACUUUUAACACUAAACCUGAAAAUCACUUUGUUGCCACAGUUUUUGGAAACUGUAUUAACUAUAUCUGCACUUAAUCUGCAUUUAUAAAUAUCUCAGAUGGGGUAUCUAGGGAUUCAGCUUGAGAGAAUAAUUAAAUUCUGACCAUCAGCAUUUAAAUAACAUAAGAAAUCUUCAAAUCACUGUAAUAUAUUUUAGUUGUUUUUGUUUGGCCAUAACAGUGACUUGCUGCUCCAUUUUGACCUUAUUCUUUCGCUGUUACAAUUCAACUCCUGUUACAACACAAGUUUGCAUGAGAGUUACUUUAAUAUAUCAAAGUUCCCUUUAAAUAGCUGUACACAUUUGGUCUUCCUUCAGAACAUAAUUUCUUGUAUAUGGUCCUCAUUAUUUAAAAACAGUAUUUUAUAUUGUUUUUAAAAUGCAUUUUAUGUCUUUUUUUGUGAAAUUCAUUUGGUUGCCAAAAUUUCAAAAGUAUUUUGUAGCAUUUCAUACAGCAAAUAGCUACACUGAUAAUGGAUACAUUGUGAAAAAAGAGACAUUUUAUGAGUAGAGUUCAUUUAGAAAAGUUGAGUCUGUUAGGUUUACUUUAAUUACAUGUUCAGUUGGGCUGCUUUUGAUGAAAGGUUGCAAUUGUUUGUAUUUUAUGUUCCCCUAGAUGCGUUUUGGUAAGUGCCUACAUUUGUGAUAGUGGCCAUUUAACAUGCAAUACCAAGUGUUGUGAGAGCUAAUACUUUUUAUACUGUAAAAUUGUGACAUAAAUGUAUGUUGUUUAAUUAAUGGCUUUAAUAUAAUCGAUGAACAUUGAAUUUGAAACUACUGCUAAACUCUCAAUUUGUUUUGAGAAAUUAGACAUCUUUGUUUUUGCACAACUGUGAAAUGGUCCUUAGCUGUUCUUUUUUUCUUGUUUUGAAUACAGAUUAUCGUUUUUUUUUUUUUUUGUAUGAACCUGCUCAAGACUAUAUGUGCAUAUAUUCUGAUGUGCUACAAAAGAAAUAAAAAAGAACAAAGUGUUUCCUUUUCUUGAA